GCUUGUUUGCGAGUGUGUGCGGUGUCCUAAUGAUGCCGAACAGGACGGUAUUUUUCUCAGGUUUCGCUGUUAUCGGAAAACAGUAGCCGGACGACGCGCGCGCAUGUGUAUUCUGCGGUUAUACCUGCUAAAGUCUCUCAAGUCUCCACAACGGUCGCAAUAUUAUGUAUUUAUGAAGUAUUAUCGCACGUGUACGAAUGUUUGAUUCGUCGGGUUUUUUAAUUCGUUUAAUCUUACGGUUUUGCUCGCGCCUGUGAUAAAAUCAACAACCGUCGUUUUAUGUGCCCAAACACAAUAUAAUAGUCAUUAUAUUGACACCACCAUGUACUCGGCGCACUAUAACGGAUUUACGUUUCAGGGCCAAGGGCGUGUGAACCAGCUGGGUGGUACGUUCAUCAACGGCCGUCCGCUUCCUAAUGUGGUCCGAUUGAAAAUCGUCGAAAUGGCAGCGGCGGGCGUCCGGCCCAGCAACAUAUCUCGACAGCUUAAAGUAUCGCACGGAUGCGUGUCCAAGAUACUCAACAGAUACCAAGAGACUGGAAGCAUCCGGCCGGGCAUAGUCAACAGCGACCACGCUCAAAAAACGUGCCCUAAACGGUCACCGUAUUGCUCCGAAGAGGUCAGAGACACAACGAUUAGAUCGGAUCGUCACAGUAAUUACUCGAUCGACGGCAUUCUAGCAGGAAGAACCGGCGACGUGGACGUUCCGUCGGAACCGGGUAUUGUGAUAUCCAGAAAACAGAGAAGAGGAAGGACCGCGUUUACCUCACAGCAGCUCGAAGGACUGGAAAGGUCCUUUUUAACGUGCCAAUACCCAGACAUAGCGGCCAGGGAAGCACUGGCCGCCAAGUUUGGACUUCCGGAACCCAGAGUUCAAGUGUGGUUCAGCAACCGGAGAGCUAGAUGGAGAAAACAAAGCAACUCUAACGUGCAACAUAAUAUAAUCAACAGUAACUUUUGCGAAAGCUUAAAUCCACCUACUUAUACUGGUACUGCUGACUGGAGGCUUCAACCGAGUAUCCAGUACAACGGUUACUACGACGGGACGACUUGGGACGGAUACCAACAAAACGCGGCCAGAACCAAUGCGACGGCCGCCCAUCAAUACGGCGACAUAUUCGGACCGCCGACUUAUGGUGCUUCCAGUGAUUUUACGGCCAGUUCAAUGAAACGCUUUCCCUCGGUAGACGCAACCGGUGGCCUCCAAACUUCAUCGUCAACAGCCGCUGGCCGCUGGACGGACUUCAACAAUAAGUCCACUGUGGACGGUUGUGCCGUUGCCUCUUACUUCAAUAACAAUUUGUUAUGAGACCCAACUGUGUACAGAACCAGUGUAUUCCCUAAUAGCAUCGGGAGCCAAUGGGAAACUUCCCGUUAUCUUCCCAGCAUUAAAUAGGAAGUUAACAGGCUGUUCUAACUCGGUAUGGACUUGUAUUUUGUCGAAUGACCAUAAUAUUCUGGCACUUCCGCUACGUAUUGGCUUCCUAUUUAACGCCGGGAAGAUAACGGGAAAUUUCCAUUAGCUUCCCGACUUCCCGACGCUAUUAGAGGUACAACGAUCUCAUUUGAACCGGUUCGAAAGUCUGUAAAAUCGUCAGAGCGUAUAAGCUCUGACUUAAGCGUGAAGUCAUGCGGCCAGACUUACCGGAGCAGGAUGAAAUGCUUAUAGAUGUUCUUAAUGAAAAGUAGCCGCCAUGCCAUUAACUUAAACGAUAUAACUGAUGGAAAAUAAAUAAUUGUUAGCUCUAUAGGAAAUCUAGGCGCCCUUUGUUAAAUGGAUGCUCGAAGAUAAUAAUAUUUACAUGCAUUUGAUAUUGCUAACGAUUUACACGUGAUAAUAUUGCAUAG